AUGAAGAUUAUAUCGGCCACCCUCCUCCUCGCCGCUUUCAUCAGCGCGGCUGUUGUCAAAUCUGCUCCCCUCUCCUCAAACUUGCUCGAAAAAGGGGCCGCAAAAGCAGCGUCCGAGUCUUCUCGUCUUGAAGCGCCUUUAAAGACUACCAAAACAGAGCUUGACGACUUAACCGAAUUCACGGAAAGAUUGGCACGCCUCCGGGUCGGACGUGCUAACAUAGCCUCUGAGGCUGAAGAAAAGUUGCCUUCUGCUCCACGCUAUUCCACCAGGCAACCUGGGAGGAACCCUAUGGCGGACAUGGCAGCAGCGGGAAAGCGAGGACGCAACGCCGAAACUCCUUCCGCCCAAGGCUCCCACAAGAUCUUUAGGAGCUUUGAAUGA